AUUGGGAUUGUUGGUAGAACCGGAGCUGGAAAAUCAUCAUUGAUAUCGGCGUUGUUCAGACUUGCAUAUUAUGAUGGUUUGAUUCUCAUAGACCACUUAGAUAUCAGUGUCAUCGGAUUGCAUGAUCUCAGAAGAAAGGUUUCCAUUAUUCCUCAGGAACCAGUUUUAUUUUCCGGUACUCUUCGCUACAACCUAGACCCAUUCAAUGAAUACAGCGAUGCAGAUAUAUUUGCAGCAUUAAUGGAUGUUGAAAUAAGAAAUGCAAUGAUUUACGGAAUUAAGUGCUUGGACAAUGUCAUGACGGAAGGAGGGACGAAUCUAAGCGUUGGACAGAGACAAAUGGUUUGUCUGGCAAGAGCGAUAUUGAGAAACAAUUUGAUUUUGAUUAUGGACGAAGCUACGGCGAAUGUUGAUGCCCAAACGGAUAAAUUUAUCCAAAAAACGAUCAGGAAAAAAUUCGCUCAUUGCACCGUUCUUACAAUUGCUCAUAGAUUACAUACGGUCAUGGAUUCUGAUAGACUAUAUGCCUUUUCGCAGUUAUAUGAACCCCUUUUUCGCAUCUAUAUGAACCUUUUUCGCAGCUAUAUGAAUCCUUUUCACAGCUAUAUGAAUCCUUCUCACAGCAAUAUGAACCCUUUUCUCAUCUAUAUGAACCCUAACGUUUUCUUAGAUUAUUCUGGUAGCAGCGUAGGUGUGGCAAUAACUCAAUGCAUAGGUCUGAGCGGUCUCGUGCAGUGGGGCAUGAGGCAGUCUGCUGAACUCGAAAACCAAAUGACCUCAGUUGAAAGAGUAUUGGAAUUCACGAAAAUAGAACACGAAUCCGAUCUGGAAUCACGUCCUGACAAGAAACCUCCUAUCUCGUGGCCGAAACAAGGGAAAAUCGAAUUCAUUGAUACCACGAUGAGGUAUGCUCCGUUUGAACCACCGGUUUUGAAACAUUUACAUUUCGUUAUAAAUCCCAGAGAAAAA